UAGCCGAUCAAGUGAACUGUUGCCCCUGUCGGGCCUGACGUGUGAAUACUAUUCUCUGUAAUAUUUAUUUCACGUUGCCGUCUGCUGAGUUUGUCGAUUUGCUAUCUGCCACUAACGAUACCGCACUGUCACUCUUACGGCGUCGGUGGUUUAUCCGAUAAUAAUUGAUAUAACUGUUGUAUAGUAACAACAACAGUUUCGAUUGUGGUAUCUCGGAAUAUUGUAUUCGUGGCAUAGCACCAAGUCCUGUGGGUGUGUAGAACCAACUGUACUCUGUAAUAAAUAAUAGUCUCAAUUAACUCUGUUUGGCGUCGUCGUUGAAAAUAAACACUUUUUAUUUCGGAACCUGACAGGUACGAACGAUCAUGUUGAAAGCCGUGAUAUUAAUCGGUGGCCCAUCUAAAGGCACUCGAUUUCGGCCGCUUUCGUUGGAUGUACCUAAACCAUUGUUCCCCGUGGCUGGCCUACCUGUUGUUCAGCACCACAUAGAUGCAUGUUACCGCUUGGGUCAAAAACGGAGUUCAAUUCCUGGAGACGAUAGUAAAAGCAACGUAGGGAAAUAUUGUGUUGCUGAGGUGCUAUUAUUGGGAUACUAUGGAGAUGAUGAGCUUGCAGACUUCUUACUUACAGCUACUCAGAGUUAUCCAACACUGCGAAUUAGGUAUCUUCGUGAGCCUGAUGCUUUGGGCACAGCUGGUGGCUUAUAUCAUUUUCGUGAUACGAUUCUUGCUCCAUUAGACAACAAUGAAGGUGAACAAGUGCAGGCAUUUUUUGUAAUGAAUGGUGAUGUUUGCGCUGACUUUCCAUUAGAUGAGAUGCUCCAUAUGCAUUUCACUAAUAAUAGUCACCAGUCACAGCAUCAACAAAAACAACCAGUGUUAAUUACUGUCAUGGCUACUGAAACCACUCGCCAACAAUCUGUUCAUUAUGGUUGCAUGGUUGUAGACAAAGAAACAAAUAUCAUACAACAUUAUGUUGAAAAGCCAUCUACAUUUGUUUCAAACACAGUGAAUUGUGGUGUUUAUUUAUGUUCCCCACGGCUAUUUGAGACUAUAGCAGAUAUUCAUUUAGAAAUGCUAAACAGUAAUGGAAAUGGUAAUCAACAACAUACCGCUAGGUAUACUACUAGUAAUAAAAAUAAUAUAAACCAACAGCAGCAACAAAAGCCAACUGAAGAACGAGUUGCUGCUGCUAUGGUCAUGUGGAUGGAGCAAGAUGUGCUACGUAGACUGGCAGGAGAAUCUGGAAGUAGUUGUAGUAAUAUUGGUAGUGGUGGUGAUGGCAGUGGAAGAAUACAGAAAGAUACUAUAUGUGGUGGAGUGGCACUAGCAGCAACCACACGUAACUGGUGGUCCCAAUUGAAAACAGCUGGUGCAGCAAUUUAUGCAAAUCGUCACUACUUAUCAUUGCGCCAACAACGAGAACGAUUACUGCAACGGGAGUCAGUAAUUGAUUUGCCAUUGCCUUCACCGGUAAAAUGUCGUUUGGCAACUGCAGAUCCUAAAGGUGGAUAUUCAACAAUUGGGAAUGUAUAUGUACAUCCAUCAGCCCAAGUGCAUCCAACUGCAUUACUAGGUCCAAAUGUAAGUGUAGGCGAAGGAGCAUGUAUUGAUCAAGGUGUACGUAUUAAGGAGUCUAUUGUACUACAAGAUGCUGUCAUUGGUCAACAUAGUCUGGUGAUGCACAGUAUCAUUGGUAGACGUGCUAAAGUUGGUGCCUGGUGCCGUGUAGAAGGUAGUGCAGCGUGUUCAGAUCCCAAUCCUAAUGUGGCAUAUGCCAAAAUGACACCUCAGCUGCCCUUAUUUAACGCCUUGGAUGGUCGGCUCAAUCCAUCUAUAACUAUACUCGGUUGUGGAGUCAAUGUCGAAUCUGAAGUGGUGUUAUUAAACAGCAUUGUGUUGCCUUACAAGACUUUAACCAGAAGUUAUAAAAACGAAAUAAUAUUGUGAUCAUUGCAUAGUUCAAUAGACGUAUACAUUAAAAAUAAGACAAAAUAAACAUUAUACAGUCAUUAUCAGAUAGAUUGGCACAGGGCUUCUCCGUAAUUGGUUGUUAUUACCGAGUAUAUCAAUAAGCUAAACAAUUGUCACAAAACAUUUUAAAACAUAUAUCAACUUAUAUUAAGUCAACUAAUUUAUCAUGUCUCUUUUAAGAACAUUUAUUUUUAUGCAUUUAUGAUAUUUAUAACUUGUUAUGGACACAAAGCAUAGCCGAAACACAUGACGACUAGUUUUGACUAUACCUACUGAAAAAUGCCGUUACCACCAUGCCAGUUUAUCUGGAUAUGACUAAAGGUACGGUUUCCCUGCAGCGUCUAGGGUCAACUACUGGUCUGGACAUAGUAAGCGCCUAGACACGGCGUCAUGUUCCACUCUUUGACGCUGCAAGGAAACCAUACCUUAAAACUAUUACUAAACUUAUUAUUUAGAAAAAAAUAUAUAUUAUCUACUAUUAUUUAUUAUUUUAAAUAUGAAUAUUUAUAUGGAUAUACUUAUAUUUUAAAUCCUUAUUUUAGUUA